AUGCUAAAACACCACGGAGCCGUAACGGCAUAUAAUAAACAAUUAAAAAAAGUGACCUUUGCAAGACCCAAACCCGAAGUCAUCGUCCUCUGGGGACCGCCGGGCACCGGAAAGUCGCAUACUGCCCGAUCAGUAUGUGACGAUUACUAUGUCAAGCCCGCAGGCCCAUGGUGGGACGGCUAUUUCGGGCAAGAAUUAGUCAUCUUUGAUGACUUUUAUGGAUCUGAAAAAUUUUGCGACAUGUUACGUUGGUUGUCAGAAAAUCCAAUCAAAGUACCGAUAAAAGGAUCCAUGACCGACCUACUUGCGACAAAAUUCAUAAUCACCAGCAACGUGGAACCAGACCGAUGGUAUCCCCAUGUUGAAAACAAAGAAGCCCUGAUGCGCAGAAUCACCGAUGUCAUCUACAUGGAUAAAAUAUACAGUCCUGAGUAG